UACACAGGUAAGACGAUCUGACACGUCGUGUUUUGGUACUUAAAGAUUUGUAAGGGGGAGAAAAAACAGUUAAAAGGUUAAGAUUAACUAUGGACGCGACUAAAAAAGGUCAAGGUGAACAAGGCUGUCUGCCACUAACCUCCCGACUGAUUCUGUACGGCCUGUGUGGCUUUUUCGCCGAAGUGAUGUUCACUGCAACAUGGUACUUUAUUGACUCAGCUAAAUACCGGCACGGUUGGAAACUUCAUGGUUGUACAUCGGUUUGGAGCUUUCCCAUUUAUGCAGUUUCGUCCUAUGUUGUUGAGAGAAUGUAUCUGUCCCUAAAAGACAGGACUAACAUAGUAUUGCGUGGUGUUAUCUACGUUAUAUGGACGUAUGCUUGGGAGUUUUCCACCGGUUUGAUUUUACGGCAGUUCAAUGCUUGUCCUUGGGAUUACACUGAAUAUACACGUUUCCACAUAAUGGGGUUGAUUACUUUUGACUAUGCUCCUUUGUGGUACUUUGGUUCCCUGCUCCUGGAAACUGUUAUCGUUCAAAGUGCGUUACAACUUCAGUAUACAACAAAAAGUAAUCGAGAAAAAUUAAACUAGCCUUGGUAAGCUACAGGAAAUGAGAGGCAUUUCAGGAAUUUAUUUGCUUCUAGGGUCCAUUUUCCGCUGUAUUUAAGAUUUGAAGCAUGCAAUUUGACUUGACAGAAAUCACUGGUACCAGCAGCAAGUGUCUAACUACCAAAUAGAGCGCAAGGUAAUCUAUGCAAUGAAAGAGAAGCCGUAUCUAGUCUCGAAAAUACAAGUCAGCAAUAGGUAUUCGGUGAUGAAAUGACUGAAUGAAUGUUAAAUGAUAAGCUGAAUUAUACACGCAUUUUGAUUGACAUCAGUGACAUUUUGAGGUCAUGAUUCAUCUGAAAUGUAGUAGAAUAGACAUACAGACAAAUGGCAA